GACAGCUCUACUCCCUCUCGGUGGAAGACAGCGUCCGAGCGACACCUCGCCUCCGCUCUUUCUUCCCUAACCACUUAACUCGGAUGCCAUGGAAGGCUCCAGUAGUUGACGUUCCGUUUUGCAACCUUCUCUUUUCAAGCUUUCUUCCCGUCUGAUCAUCGUGCUCCGGUUUGUUGCCUAACUCACAGCGGCUUUUGUCCACGGUCACCAUGAAGUACAUCAUCGGCAUCGGCGGCGUUACAAAUGGAGGUAAAACCACCCUCACCAACCGGCUGAUCAAGAACCUGCCCAACUGUUGUGUCGUCCACCAGGAUGAUUUCUUCAAGCCACAAGAUCAGAUUGCGGUUGAAGAUGGCUUUAAGCAGUAUGAUGUCAUUACUGCUCUGGACAUGGACGCCAUGAUGAGCACCAUCUACGCAUGGCUGGAGAACCCUGUGAAGUUCGAGAAAUCUCACGGUGUCAAUAACACCCUUGACACGGAGGUCAUUCUCAAGUCUGACCAUGAGGAGGAUGAGACUCACAUCCUCAUUGUGGAGGGCUUCCUGCUCUACACCUACAAGCCUUUGAUCGACGUGCUGAACCAACGUUACUUUAUUUCCAUCCCAUAUGAAGAAUGCAGAAAGAGGAGGUGCUCAAGGAACUACACGGUGCCAGACCCCCCUGGACUGUUUGACGGUCAUGUCUGGCCCAUGUAUCUGAAACACAAGAACAUCAUGGAGGCAUCAGACGUUGAUGUUUUGCAGCUAGAUGGAACCAAGUCAAAGGAGCAACUGUUUAACUUUGUCUAUGGUGACAUCCUGAACAAAAUCCAGAAGACUCUUUAACAAAGGUCAUGCGAUCAGCUAAAAGGAGUGUAUAUCCAGCCCACAAGAGAAAACAGCCAUAAGUUUCUACCUGUUAGCAUAUUUAGCUGACUGCUAUGAUUUUAUUUUUUUUUGUAAAUGUUUAACUGUGGCAUAAAAUGCUGGCAUGAUUUUAUAUUGAUCAUAUUUAUUGCUUUGUUACAGCCUACACUCCACAGAGAGUUGAUGGAUAUGUUCAGAGGACUGUUGCAUUGGUCAAUAAAUGAUCCUCUUCUGAA